AUGCUGCACUUCUCUUCUGAUGCAGUGUCUCCCUCUGUGUUUCUUAGCCAAACACCUGAAAUGGACAGCACCAUAGACAGUCAUGCAAAGAAGGAGUUUGUCAGUGUGUGGGUACAAGAUCCCCAGCUGCACAAAGAGGAUUUCUGGCACAUGUAUUUUGACUAUGACAUCUGUCUCCAUACCAACAGCAUGUGUUUCUGUAAGAAGAGGUCCAGUGUGAGGAGGCGGUACAGUGAGUUUGUCUGGCUCCGGCAGAGACUGCGGAAUAACGCUUUGCUCAUACAUUUGCCCAAACUGCCCCCUGCCAAUCCUUUCUUCAGUCUCAACAAUGUGUACCAUGUGACCCAGCGGAUGCAGGGACUGCAGUAGUUUCUGGAAGAAGUGUUGCAGAUCCCCCUGCUGUUGUCUGACAGCUGUCUUCACCUGUUUCUACAGUCCCAACUGAGCAUCACCAGUAUUGAUGCAUGUGUCCAGGGCCGGACUCGCUACACUGUAGCCCAGGCCAUCCAACGGUGUGGUAUAAGAAGCCACCAAAUUCAUCACAAACGAGGGGGAAAUGACUUGGUCGAUGGGGACGCCGCCUGUGUCAAGUUGACCUUUUCAGGGCGAUGGUGGGCGGCGUCCCCAGGGCUCCGCUCCGGUCCCCUGCCGGAUGCUGAGCGACACCGGUCUGCUCCACUCAAACACAAAGUCGCGCCGGACGUCUAUAUCGCACUGUCGCCUCAUUGA